CCGAUAUGGCGGCCACUCUGGGCAGCGGAGAACGCUGGACCCAAGGUACCAGGUUCCGGACUGGAGGGUGGGACAAGGCAGCAUUCCGGAGAGAUCAGGGAUGUAGGCUCCUCGGAUCUUAAGGCCGAGAUCCUGGACCAGAUGGAGCUUACAUUGAUGCAAUUAGAAGAAACAAAUACCCAGAAGACAGAAGACCUGGCAGUCAUGAUCCCUGUGGUUGCUGUAACUGCAUGAAGGCACAAAAGGAAUCGAAGCCUGAGAAUGAGAGGACUCAGCCCCGGCAGGGAGAGGGGAGCUCCACUUACACCGAGGAACAGCUACUUGGGGUCCAAAGAAUCAAGAAGUGCAGAAAUUACUAUGAAAUUCUGGGAGUUUCUCGCAACGCCAGUGAUGAAGAACUUAAGAAAGCUUACAGGAAGCUCGCCCUGAAGUUUCAUCCUGACAAGAACUGCGCUCCUGGAGCAACAGACGCCUUCAAAGCAAUAGGAAAUGCCUUUGCGGUCCUGAGCAAUCCCGACAAGAGACUCCGCUAUGAUCAGUAUGGAGAUGAGCAGGUGACUUUCACUGCACCUCGAGCCAGAUCUUACCAUUAUUACCGGGAUUUCGAAGCUGACAUCUCUCCAGAGGAACUAUUCAAUGUGUUCUUUGGAGGGCAUUUUCCUUCAGGAAAUAUUCACAUGUUCUCAAAUGUGACAGAUGACAGUCACUAUUAUCACAGGCGACCCCGCCAUGAGAGAACACAGACACACAAGAGAGAGGAAGAAGACAAACCUCAGACUCCAUAUUCCGCAUUUGUUCAGCUGCUUCCAGUUCUGGUGAUUGUGAUUAUUUCUGUCAUUACUCAGCUACUGGCCACUAACCCCCCAUAUAGUCUAUUCUAUAAAUCAACGUUGGGCUAUACCAUUUCUAGAGAAACGCAGAACCUGCAGGUGCCUUACUUCGUGGAUAAAAACUUUGACAAGGCCUACAGAGGAGCUUCUCUUCGUGACCUGGAGAAAACAAUAGAGAAAGACUAUAUUGACUACAUUCAGACAAGCUGUUGGAAGGAGAAACAGCAAAAGUCAGAGCUGACCAAUCUGGCGGGGCUGUAUCGAGAUGAGCGGCUGCGGCAGAAGGCAGAGUCACUGAAACUUGAAAACUGUGAAAAACUUUCCAAGCUAAUCGGCCUCCGGAGGGGCGGCUGAGACGAAGAUGGCCCAACUCAGGAUGGGGGUUUCUUACUUGUUACUAUUUACAUUGCAAAUCCAUUUUAUAAUACAAGUUAGGAGAUGAUGAAC